UGGAAAUGUUCUUUUAUUCAUUUUUUGUGGUUUUUUUUCCUUUUAACUUUCCAGGCUGUGAAUGAGACCAGUGACUGCUUUCUGACAAACAGAGUCCUAGAAAAGUAUUAUCUCUCCACCAUGUAUACCCUUGAGUUCAUCUUAGGCUUCAUUGGAAACACCAUUGUGGUGUUUGGCUAUAUCUUCUGCCUGAAAAAAUGGAAAAGUGGCAACAUCUACCUGUUCAAUUUAUCCCUAUCAGAUUUGUUAUUUCUCUGUACUCUGCCAGUAUUGGUGAACAGCUACUCCCACGAUCAGUGGGCAAAGCAGGACAUCCUGUGCCACAGCAACAGAUUCCUGCUGCAUGCCAACCUGUACAGCAGCAUCCUCUUCCUCACUGCUGUCAGCGUUGACCGGUACAUGCUCAUAAAACACCCCUUCAGGGACCACGUCCUUCAGCAGAGGAGAACGGCUGUCCUGGUGUCCGUUGCCAUCUGGGUCGGGGUGAUCCUGGAGCUGCUGCCACUGGUGCAUUUCCUGGAGCCUCUGACACCUGCCAAUAAUUACAAGUGUCUUGAUUAUGCGAGCUCUGGAGACCCCGCAGAAAACCUCAUCUAUAGCAUGUUCCUGACUGUCUUUGGGUUCCUCAUCCCUCUCCUGAUCAUGUGCUGCUUCUACGUGAAGAUGGUUCGUUUUCUUAAAAACAGGAGUGAGCAACUCAGCUCUCCCCUGACCCUCGAGAAGCCUCUCACCCUCGUGGUCCUCACCGUGGUGAUCUUCUCCCUGCUCUUCACUCCCUACCACGUCAUGCGCAACGUCCGCCUCGCUUCCCGAAUCCCGGCCCUGAGCGUCCCCGAGUGCACCCAGGGCAUCAUCAGCACCAUUUACGUCAUCACGAGACCCGUUGCCUUUCUGAACAGUGCCAUUAAUCCUGUUUUCUAUUUCCUCAUGGGUGACCACUUCAGAGAGAUGCUGAUGGCCAAAGCAGGGCAGCUCUUGCGCAGGCUGACGAUCGCCAGGUAGUGAGUAAGGAAGGAGAGCCCCUGGUAGUGGGAGAGGGCAGGGAGGGAACUCCCUAGGGAGAACAAUCAGUCAUGUGCCAUUUUUUUUAGAUAACCUUAUUUAUGCUGUAGAAUAAGUGUGAGCUGAUUGUGUUCCUGGAAAUGCACCUGUUACCUUAUUGUACAGGAGACCUGCUGCUGAGCUGCCUCCAGCAGACCGGGAGAGGUGCUCACUCCCAGCAGUACAGGAGGACCCUGCUCUCGGAGCACAGUACCCCCCAGCACAUCAAUAUUGUAAACAAAAGACCAUCAAGUCAGCUCUUGGAGGGAAAAACACACUGCUCUCAAAUAACUGCUUUGUGAGCCAUGAUGUGAUGCUGGGCUGGAGCGGGGGUGGGCUAAAACGAAUGUGUCUUUGUACUCAGCAGGACAGCCAGGCAAGCUCACAGGGCCAUUCUCACAGUCACUUAGCAGAGUAUGGAGCUACCUACCUUUAAUGUAGUUGUCUAUAAGUGCCAGCAGAAUGUAUGGCCUGAGGCAGAAUUUGGACCUUGGAGUUCAGACUUCAUUAGCAGUUCUGCUAAUGAACCAGGAGCUAACAAGGAGCCAGUCCCUGCCUGACAUCCCUGUGGGAUCGAUUGGCAGCACAGCUUAUUCUCCAAUGGACUGUCCCACGUUCAGAUGGAAAGGGGGAAGAGAUCAGUGGAAUAAUGACCCUGUAGGAGUUUGGGCUGGAGAAGGAGCUGCCUGGAGGGAGUGGGGACAGGGUGUAGCCAGCCCCCUUCCCUGCCUGCAUCCCUGCAGGAGAUGAGGAGCCCCCAGCCCUGCCUAGGGACUCGCUGCUCCACAGCUCGGGGAACAGGACACCCACUGGGUCCCAUCCAGGUCACCCUGGGUUCAGCUCUCUCUGCUGUGUCGAUCAUCUUCAACUGCUUCACUGUGCCAGAGAUAGCAGCCCCAGAUAAUAAACCCUGCAUCCUGCUUAAAAAAAUA